GGAGUUCUUGACGGGCGCAUUGCGGAAAUUACGUCACAUAUGCGACCGUAGCAUCUCCCGCGCAACUGUUUCUCCCGCGAACUUAUUGAAAAAGACAGACAGACAGCAAAGAAACAUGUCGGGUGUAUUUGAAGCCCCUAAACACAGGAUAAAUGCCUCUAUGCUGUCUCAGUAUGUGAGCAAGCCCGUUUGCUUUACGGGGCGAGUGGAGAAGGUCCACCCGUCAGGAAAGUCUUUCACACUAACAGACGGCGAAGGCAAGACUGCAUCCGUAGAGCUCAAUGAGCCGCUUGAUGAGGAGCUGAGUGGAUUUGUGGAGGUGGUUGGCAUGGUAUCCAACAAAGGCACGAUCAUGGCUGUAGCCUACACCGCCCUCAGGGACGAAAAGAUACCCUUCGAUUUGGAGCUUUACAAUGAAGCGCUGAAGAUCAUCCACGACCACCCUCAGCACUACCCUUUCCAGUAGAGCGCCACUGUCACGUCCCUGGACUGGCCAGCCAUCACAGCACAGAGGGCUGUCCUGCUGCGUGAGCUAACUGGCUAACUGGCUAACUCUGGUCAUCUCAGGAGUAAGCACUGAUCUGCAAAAGAACACUGCAACAGCUAGAACUGUUUCUGCUAGUGACGUGUUGUUUUAGGAUCAGUGGUGACUCCCGAGGUUACCUAGGUAACCACAGUAGCCUCGCCUGUAGGAUGGCCCUCUGUUAAUAGUUGCAUCUUUAUACUCAAAUCUACACACAGGAUACAUGAUGGUCUGGUUUUGCUGAACAUGGGGAGCCUCUAUCAGUCAAUCCUUGACUUGGGUCAGAUGUCUGAUUUUUCUCAUAAAAGUCUGCAGAGUAUGGGAAUCACAUACUCACAAGCUGACCACCAUUUCUGUUUCUCAAAUUGUGUAUCUGAGAAAGAUGACCGAUAUGUACAUUUGUUUUGGGUUUAUUAUUUUUUUACUGUCUUGUAUCGAUCAGUUUAAUAACAAAUAAAUAUGUUUGUUUGUGA